CCUUUGGAGAAGACCCUCCGGGCGUUGGAAGCCUGCCAGACUCCAGGAUGGAUGCUGUGUGUGAAAGCUCCAUUGGGGAAUGCUCGGAUCCGCCCCCCAGCAAGAGGGGGACGCUUCCGCCCCCCAGCAUAGUGCUCCAAAUAGAGCCCAAAACUUUUUCCCAGGUGAGGCUGCCCUACAGCAUCAUCCUCACCACCCUCUUGUACUGUGGGGAGCUUGUGUCUGCCGCCAUCCUGACCACCUCGUACAGUCAUUCCAAUGACCAGUUCUGGCUCCUCUUGACCCUCUUCUUUAUGCUGAUGCCCUCCAUCAUGGACCAGCUGACCCUCAUCUUUGUCCACCGAGACCUGACCAGCGACAAGCCAAUGGUCUUCUGCAUGCAUCUUCUCUUACUGGGUCCUCUCAUCAGAUGUCUAGAGGCCCUGAUGAUAUACUGCCAGGUGGGGGUAGAGGAAGAGCCGUAUGUCACGAUCACUCGCAAGAAGCAGCUCCGCAGAGACUCGGAGAUCGAGGUGGAACAGGAGGUGGGCCACUCGCUGCGCAGGCUGGUCACCCACCGCAAUGCCUUCAAGCGCAUGGCUGUGAUCCAGGCCUUCCUGGGCUCCACCCCCCAACUCACGCUGCAGCUCUACAUCAGCGUUAUGGAGCAGUACAUACCCCCCACCAGAGCAGUCCUGAUGGGCAUCUGCCUAGUGUCCGUCACCUACGGCGCUUUGGUCUGCAAUGUCCUGGCCAUCCAGAUCAAGUACGACGACUACAAGAUCCGCCUGCGUCCGCUCGCCUUCAUCUGCAUUAUCCUGUGGCGUAGCUUGGAGAUCUCCACUCGCAUCACUGUCUUGGUUUUCUUCGGGAGCGUCUUCAAGCACUACGCAUUGGCUGUUGGUAUGGCCAAUUUCCUGGUGCUCUUCUUCCUUCCCUGGGUGCAGUUUUGGCGGAGCGGUGCCCAGCUGCCCGACAACGUGGAGAAGAAUUUCAGCCGGGUGGGCACGGUCUCCGUUCUGUGCGCCAUCACUUUGCUGUAUGCUGGCAUCAACAUCUUCUGCUGGUCAGCUGUGCAGCUCAGACUGUCUGAUCGAGACUUGAUCUCCAAGUCGCAAAGCUGGAAGUACUUAGUUUUUUACUAUGUGUUUCGGGGAGUGGAGAACAGUGUGCUGCUCAUCCUCUGGUACCUCUUCAAGACAGACUUCUACGAAUACAUCUGCAUGCCCAUGCUGGUGGUGCAGCUCAUUGUGACCUACUGCUUGGCCAUUGCCUUCAUGCUCUUCUUCUACCAGUACUUUCACCCAUGCCGCCGCCUUUUCACACACAACAUCUCUGACUUUUUGGAAUGUGUCUGUUGCAAGUCCAGGCAGGCAGCCCAUUCCAGCCACCUGGAUCCCCCCUAUGAGCCUGGAGUUAGGCAUAGCAUAGUCUGAUGUGCCGGACCUAAGCUGAUCCUAUGCCCUGCCUGCCAAGAAGUGGUAUGGACAAUGUCUCUUGCCUUGCCUUGCCACCCAGUUAUACCGGGGAGACAGCCCUUAAUUUUAUGGUGCUAAACGUUAUAAAUAGGGGUGGUCUUUUGGUGGAUCAAUCGAACUGGUAUAGCGGGCCAAAUCUGGGUGAUCAAGAAGGGACCAGUUUCCCUUCCCUGGUCCUCCUGCGGAGGCAGGGGUGGUUGGUAUCAUAGGCCCAUGCAGCCGGGACAACUGUCAGUGGAGAAUGAGUGACUUCGGCUGAGAGAGGCACUCCAGCCACUGAAGGGUGAUUUGGUAAUUUCUAGAUGACAGUUGCUUGCUGGCAUGUUUGCUCUGGUUGCAUCCAGUUGCAAAAUACCCACCCAGACUGGUGGAAAGGUACUGUAGAUUAGUUUAAUCUAAGGGAGACACUUCUGAAAGCUGGGGAAUCUUGCUGAUGUUUAGCUCCCGCUAAUAUUCAGUAUCGUUGCAUCACUGCAGCCUUCCUUGGUUCAGAUAAAAUUGUGGACCCCACCGUUUUCAAGUGGCCUGGAAACAUGCCCUUACAUUGUUAGCAAUCUACCCCAGGAUAUGACCUCUUUUUCUUUCCCCAGCCCUGGCGCCCUUGUAUAAUUUAUAACUGUGUAUUUAUUUAUUUGUUGAUCUGGAAAUGGACAAAUUUUACGUUCAGAGUGCUGGGAAGUGUUCUGCAUUUUAAAAGAAUCCUCCUUG